UAAAGACAACGUGGCUGUGAUUGUGAGACUAGCAGAUGAUCGGAGCUGCUGCUGUUCAGAGGACUUUGGUGUUUGUUGGAGCUGAAGAUCUUCUGCAGCUGCAGGAACCAUGUCUUCAGAACUUCAGGAAGAUUCUGACAGAGAACAACUUUCUGCUGCUGAAGGAACCAUCGUCCAGAACGAGGAGGAGCUCUGUGGUCAGAGAGGACUGAUGGAUUCCAGCUGGAACCCGCAGCUUCAGCUCCACGUUGUUGUCCUCCCCCAGCAUGUAACUAAAGAGGAAGAUCUCUUCUGCCAGCAGAGGAGCUUUGGAGAGAAACAGAGGGAACGAGACCCUCCUCAGAUUGAAGUGCAACAGAAGGGACAAGGACCUCCAGAGAUUAAAGAGGAGCAAGAGAACCAAGAACCUUUAGAGAUUAAAGAGGAGCAGGAGGAACACGAAUCUUUAGAGAUUAAAGAGGAACAAGAAUCUUUAGAGAUUAAAGAGGAGCAGGUGGAACAAGAACCUUUAGAGAUAAAAGAGGAGCAAGAGGAACAAGAAUCUCUACAGACCAAAGAAGAGCAGGAGGAUCAGGAGCCUCCUCAGAUAAAAGAGGAGCUAGAUGAGCUCUGCAUCAGUCAGGAGGAAGAGCAGUUUGAUCUGAAGCAGGAGAAUGAAACCUUGAUGGCGAUUCCUACUUAUGAGGAAAAUGAGCACAGUGAUGCAGAUCUAAACAAUCAAGAGAAUUUUAAUAUAUUUGAUAGUCAGGAUGAAGAAGGGAACCAACAUGAAGAAUCAACAUCAACUACAGAUGAAGAGACAGAGCCACAGAACAGAGAUCAGAGGAAAAGAAAAGACAGAAGUCAUGUCCCUCACAUGUCAGAAAGUCAGUGCGGCUCUGAUGUUGGAAAAAACGUCAAUAAGGCAAUUUUGGUUAAGAAACACAAACAAACUCCAAAUGAAAAAAAGCUGUCAUCUAUAAACUCUGGUGAAAGCUCGACAACAAUUGGCAAUCUAUUUCUCUACUCGAAAACUGAUUUUGAUGCCAGACCUUAUUUCUGUCCAGAAUGUGGUAAAAGUUUUAGUUACUGGUCUCGGUUCAGAAUUCACAUUAGAACUCACACAGGAGAGAAGCCUUUUUCUUGUAAAGAAUGUGAUAAAAGUUUUAGUGAUGCUACUCAUCUCAAAUUACACAUGAGAACUCAUACAGGAGAGAAGCCUUUCUCUUGUAAAGAAUGCAAUUUUAGUUGUAGUAGUGGAUCUAAUCUCAAAGCACACAUGAGAACACACACAGGAGAAAAACCCUAUUACUGUAAAGAAUGUGACAAAAGUUUUACUCAAUUAUAUAGUGUCAAAUUACACAUGAGAACUCACACAGGAGAGAAGCCUUUUUCUUGUAAAGAAUGUGGUAAAAGUUUUAGUGGAAUAUUUAAUCUCAAAAGACACAUCAGAACUCAUACAGGAGAAAAGCCCUUUUCUUGUACGGAAUGUGAAAAAAGAUUUAUUAAUGCAUCUCAUCUCAAAACACACAUGAGAACUCACACAGGAGAAAAGCCUUUUUCUUGUACAGAAUGUGAAAAAAGUUUCAGAUGUGAUUCUAAUCUCAAAACACACAUGAGAACUCACACAGGAGAAAAGCCGUUCACUUGUAGAGAAUGUGGUGCAAGUUUUAAGGAUGUAUCUCAUAUCAAAAGACACAUGAGAACUCAUACAGGAGAGAAACCCUUUACUUGUAAAGAAUGUGAAAAAAGUUUCAGAUGUGGAUCUCAUCUCAAAACACACAUGAGAACUCACACAGGAGAAAGGCCCUUUUCUUGUACAGAAUGUGAAAAAAGUUACAGUUGUGAAUCUCAUCUCAAAACACACGUCAGAACUCACACUGGAGAAAAGCCUUUUUCUUGUAAAGAAUGUGGUACAAGCUAUAAUCGUGUAUCUAGUCUUAAAAGACACAUGAAAACCCACAAAGGAAAGAAGUAGUUUUAGUCAAAAGAAUUUAGUAAAAAAAAUCUCAUCUUUAGAAAAAUUUUGGAUCAAAUCAGGAUCACCUUUAAGGAUAUAAAAACAGAUUGUGAAUUUGAAAAGUAGGUUUAAAUAAAAAACAGAAAACUUGAAAGCAAUUUCAAACUCAAAAGUACACAUUUCAAACUUGAAUAUUGAAAAUAUGAAAGAAUUAUAAUCUGAAACUUAAAUUUAAAAAAAUGUAUGUUGUAAGUUAGUUGUCAAUAAGAAACAUUUUUGUAGAGAAGGUUGUUCACACAGAAAAAAAAGAAAAAGAAAGAAAACUGACAACAUUUGGUGUUAUGUUUUGACAUCUUUUCUAUCUUAACAUGACUUUUAUUAGUUUUGAAUGCAGCUUUUAUGUUUUAAUAACAAUAUGUAUUACAAUUGAAUACAAAAUGUUUCUUUUUAAGUUUUCAGUCAAAAUACAUCAGGCUUUUUAAGUCAUGAAACAUCUAUAGCAGUCAUUAAACUAUUAACCCUCAUGAUCUCUUGUGGUGUCCAGAUAACCCCACUUUUAAUGUGAACAUGCCUAGGAUAGCACAAGUGUUGCAUCAUGAGACAUCAUUUCAACAGAGUUCGCAUGCUUACCGACUACAACUACAGAUAGUGUCAGGAAAAAAGGGCAUCUUCACAUUGGAGAAAAAUCAGGCAAUGAGAAACAGUUUGUGUUUAUUUUCAUUUUUUACCAUUACUUGAUUAUUGAUAUGUAAAUGUAGAUCAUUGAUAUAUACAUAUCACCACCAACAUUCACGCAGCAAGGAUGUUCUGAUGUAUUAACAAAUGCAAUAGAGAAAAACAAUUGCACCACAUGUAGGGAUGUGUAAAUAAAUCUAUAAGAGAACAACUCCUUAUAUAUGUUUGCAAAAAAAUAUCUGAAAAAUAAAGAAUGCAUAUUCUGAUCCUACGGAUGUUUUUCUUUUUUUUUAGUUAGCCUACUUUUACUCAGUUAGCUUUCUUAUUAUUGUCAUUUUCUUUAAUUAUCUGUUUAGCUUUUUUUUUUUGCAAAUAUGCACUUGCUGACAAGCUGUGCGGAGAUUUUUAGUUUAUUCUCUAGUAGGACUUGGCACAUUGUCAUCAACUACACAUCAGUGAUUUGGCAGAGUUUUUACACCGGAAGCCCUUUCUGACGCAACCCUGUACAUGAGGGGCACAGGGACCGAGUUAGGCAGCAGCGACAAGGGUCUUGCCUAAGGACCCAAUCUGGAUGGAUAUCAGUGGAUACUCCGGGUCUCCUGGGUGCAAACCCUAUACUUAGCCCACUGAGCCAUCCAGCCGCAUUGCCAUCAACUGCAGUAUAUCUGCCCUAAUGAUGUUAUUCUUUUUGAUCAACUAAAUGAAUGGAAAUAUUGAAUCAUUGUUAAAAUGAAUCAAUACACCCUUAAUGUACAGGGAGCCUUAAGCUAAAGGCCUUUGUACCUCUGUGCCAUUGAUGUCGUAAUUCAAUUACAAAAACAUUUUUUUCCUCUGAUUUGAUGUUCUGAUUUUCUCUGAUCUUUUAAUGUUUUUUAUCACCUAUAAACUGCAAUUAUUAAAAUCCAUAAAAUAAAGAGAUUAAUAGAUUUCAAUAUACAUAUAAAGUCUACAAGUCUCACUGUUUGAAUUAAUUCACAAAAAAUGUUCAACUGUUUCCACAACGUUCAUUCUUAUAGAUGAACCUGUAAAUAGAAAUUUGUUAUUUUAAAAUGUUCGUUUACUCUUUAUCCUUUGAACUGCAUCAUUGUGGUUGUAAUUUAUCCUCAUACAAUGUGUAUACUAUCUAUACUUGUUAUCAUAACAGCAUGGAAAUGUUUUGUGCACAUCUUUAAUUCCUACACUUUAUAAGUAAUCAGUGAACAUUUCAUAAUAUUUUUUUUUUUAAAGUUGGGACUUAAGUUUAUAUUCUUGGGUCAUGUGAGUGAGUUGUUUCUUUAGGAAAGGAUUUUUCCAAAAAUGUAUGAAGUAAAAAAAUCCGACUGGUGUUUGUGUUGUUGUGAUUCCUGUUUUGUAUCAGAGAUUAGAAGUGUUUCUCUGUUCUUUUUAGUGGUCAGUGUUCU